AUUAGGAUAAUGUAUAUUAUAUGUGCUAAAGGUUUCCCAAUUUUCCCCACCCUACCAAACAAAUGGUCUGCUUACAGACAGUAAUAAACCUUGUAUAACUUGUUUUUCAAAGACUUAAUAAAAUGUCACAUAUAGUAUUAAAACAUACAUGUCGCAAAACGUACGCAUGUUAAAAUACGUACUUGCCGUAUGAAUUAUCGACCAUAGGUCUAUUAAUAGUAAAUUGACAAAACAGAAACGACGUAAAAUAUUGAUACAAAUUAUUGAUCUACUUGAAAGAAAACCUAUGGAAAGAAAAUUCUGGCAUAUUCUAUAUUGAAAACAGGGGUUCGUAGCGGCAAGGCAUAGGGUCGCAUCUGAGUAAUAACUAAAUAGCUUAUUGAGAGUAACUGAAUACUCUUAUUAAGUCUGUACACCAACAAUUAAAGAUGUGGAAUUUUCUGCUACUUUUGUUGAUGUGUAGCAUUGCGAAUUCCCACACAGGCAAGGGUCAAGAAUCAAUGGAAAAGUUAAUCAGACAGAAUGCUUUCGAGAGAGACAGGUUUUAUUACGAUGAGUUCCCGGAAAACUUUGGCUGGGGAACUGCGACGGCUGCUUAUCAAAUCGAGGGAGGGUGGAACGCUGCCGGGAAGGGCGAAAGCGUUUGGGACGAUUUCACUCAUCGAAUGCCGUGCUGGUUUCUUCGCAACCAAACCGGUGACGUUACUUGCGAUUCCUACCACAAGUUCGACGACGAUUUAGCGAUCAUCAAAGAACUCGGUUUGUCUCACUAUCGCUUCUCUAUCUCCUGGAGUCGAAUAUUCCCCGAUGGGAAGAACACAUCGGGCCCUCUUCCUGAUGGCGUCCGUUAUUACAAUGAAGUCAUUAACAAGUUGCUUGCUGCGAACGUGGAGCCGAUGGUGACGUUGUUUCACUGGGAUUUACCGCAGGCACUCCAAGAUGAGUUCGGAGGAUUUAACAGCAGCGAGGUCGUUCCGCAUUUCCUCAACUAUGCAGACUUCUGCUUCAGGACGUUUGGAGACCGUGUCAAAUAUUGGUUUACAUUCAAUGAGCCUUACAGUUAUUGCAUGUUGGGCCACGGACUUGGGGUUUCUGCACCUGGUGUAAUUCAACCAGCCAUCGGUCCUUACAACUGUGGUCACCAUAUGUUGCUCUCACACGCCAACGCUUAUCGUAGAUACCAUGAGAUUUACACCAACAUCCCGGAGGCGCAAGGUCUCUCCAUCACUAUGAGUACGGAGUGGUUGGAACCCGCUGAUCCGGAGGACCAGGAUCACUGGGAUGCUGCGGAUCGCUACAUCCAAUCCGAGUUUGGUUGGCUUGCUCACCCGGUUUAUGUUAACGGAGAUUACCCGGAAAUUUUAAAAGAAAUGGUGAGAAAUAAAACUCAAAAUGAAACUCGUUUCCAACAUUUGGGUUCGAGGUUGCCGGAGUUCACGGAGGAAGAGAAAGCUAUGCUGAACCAAAGUUCGGAUUUCUUUUCAUUACAAAUGUACACUACAAGGUACGUCAUCCCGUUCCAUAACUACCCGGAUUGGUUCAUAACAUAUUUGUCCGACCGUGAUGCAAAGCAAAUGUGUGACGUCAGGUGGAAACCUUCGCCAGGCUCUCCUUGGCUACGUCCUGUACCAUGGGGUAUCAGGCGCGUGUUAAACUAUGUCCACGCUGAAUACGGAGAACGGCCGGUCUGGAUCACCGAAAACGGAUUUGAAGACAAUCCAAUAUACGACGACUUUGACAGAAUAUUUUACUAUAAAGCGCACCUUAACGAAGUCCUUAAAGCUAUAAAAGUGGAUGGCGUCGACGUGCGAGGAUACUGUGCAUGGUCACUCAUUGACAACUUUGAAUGGGGGUCCGGGUUCACUCCAAAGUUCGGCGUCUACUACGUGGACUUUGAAGACGAAGAGAGAACACGAUACAAAAAGCGAUCUUCAGAUUGGUUCCAUGACAUGAUUGCUGCGAAUAAAUUCACUGAGCCGAGCCACGAAGUCUUUUAUUAUGGUGACUUCCCUCAUACUUUUGCAUGGGGGGUUGGAACAUCUGCAUACCAGGUUGAAGGAGCAUGGGAUGCCGAUGGUAAAGGAGUAAGUAUAUGGGACCAGUUUACCAACAAAAUUGUGUCUCCAAUAAGUGAUGGUUCAUCCGGGAAAACUGCUUGCGACAGCUACAACAGAAUCGACCAGGACAUCAAGAUUAUAAAGGAAUUGAGGGUGUCGCACUAUAGCUUUUCCAUCUCCUGGUCACGUGUGUUGCCUGACGGUCACGUGACUACAAUAAACGAAGCUGGAAUCGAUUAUUACAAUCGGUUGAUUGACGCUUUAAAAUCCAACCAUAUCGAACCUGUUGUUACCUUGUAUCACUGGGACAUGCCACAGGCUUUACAAGCUGAAUACGGGGGUUGGUCAGACAAAAGAAUCAUCGACGAUUUCUCGGCUUAUGCGAAAUUAUGCUUCGAAAGAUUUGGAGAUAGAGUAAAAACUUGGAUCACGUUGAAGGGGCCACAGACUGAAGCCAAGAUGGGUUACGAUACUGGGUCCUAUCCACCAAAUAUUAAGGGCGAAGGAGUAAUUGCCUACCAAGUCGCGCAUAACAUGAUACUCGCUCACGCCACCGCGUGGAGAAUAUACGACACGCAGUUCAAGUGGAAGCAACUCGGAAAGGUUUCCAUAUCUAUGGACUCAGCGUGGGGUGAAUCAUUCGAUGGAAACAAACAAACUGAUUUGGACGCAAGCCAUCGUUACAUGCAGUGGUCGAUCGGUUGGUUCAUGUCUCCUCUUAUGUUCGGGGAUUACCCUGACGUCAUGAAGCAACGAAUCGCAGCGAAGAGCGCGAAUGAAGGAAGGAUGACGUCACGAUUACCAGAAUUCACGCUCAGUCAACGAGAAUUAAUCAAAGGAGCGAUCGACUUUGUCUCAUUAAACCACUUGACUACGUGGUAUGUGGCACAGUCGGAUAUAUAUGGCAAUUCAACCGCACCGUUUAUGGGGGUGGUGUGUAGAGACACUAGUCCACCAGCAGAUCCCUGGAAAGAGUUUGCAAUCGAUCAAACGCCGUCGAGGGGGCUUCCCCAGUGCGGAAACCCCCAGGAAAGGGCCGACACCAAUGUUCCUCCAAGCGUAGAGGGUGAUUCAGACACAGUUACGAUGCAUGAUUUCUCGUGGAGAGAGACAGGGUCACCUGACAGACGAGUAGCUGCCUGGGGGAUUCGGAGAAUGCUUGGAUGGAUAAAAGAAAACUACGGCGAUGUACCGGUCUACGUGACGGGGAACGGCUUAUCGGAACCAAACGUUUAUUCGAUCUUUGAUGACUGUUCGGUAUCAGCGGGGCCUACGACGAGGUGGCGUGACAUUGGCUUAAACGACCGUGAGAGGUCCGAAUAUAUUCGACUUUACGCGAACGAGGUAUUGAAGGCGAUUGACCUUGAUCAUGUUGACGUCAGAGGAUAUUUUGCUACGUCACUUAUGGACGGAUUCGAAUGGUUGUCAGGUUACACUGAACGUUAUGGAAUGUAUCGGUUGAAUUACAACGAUUACACAAGAACUGCAAAACAAUCAGCUUGGUUUUACUCAGACCUGGUGAGAGAAAAUGGUUUCCAUCCAGCGAAAGCUCAAUGUUCAGCCAAUGAAGAUAGAGAUAGAAAAAUAUAUGGACAGUUUCCAAAGGACUUCGCAUGGUCAUCCGCCACCUCAGCUUACCAGAUCGAAGGUGGUUGGAACGCUGAUGGGAAAGGUGAAAGUAUUUGGGACAAUUUCACCCAUGCUGGUCGAGCGCAUAACGGUGAAACAGGAGAUGAUGCUUGCUUGAGUUAUUAUAAAUAUGAGGUGGAUGUACAAUUACUAAAAGACAUGUCCCUCUCAUAUUAUCGAUUGUCGCUCUCGUGGCCUCGUUUAAUCCCAACUGGUGAUUUGAUUGAUGGUUUCAACCAAGCAGGAGUCGAUUAUUACAACAAUCUUAUCAAUGAUUUACUUGCUAAUGGCAUCCAACCCAUGGUGACUCUUUACCACUGGGAUCUUCCACAGGCUCUUCAAGACAAAUACGAAGGCUGGCUUGACCAGAGUGGGGAAAUAGUUCAAGCAUUUGCAGAAUACGCCAACUUUUGCUUCAAUAAUUUUGGAGACCGAGUAAAGUUUUGGAUCACAUUCAAUGAACCAUUCAUUGUUGCCCAACUUGGUUAUGGAGUUGCUGCCUUUGCUCCUGGCCAUUACUCUCCAGGAGAAGGAGUUUAUUAUGCAGCUCAUUCUAUCAUUAAAUCUCAUGCACAAGCUUACCACAUAUACAACAACACGUACCGACAAACUCAACAAGGGCAAAUUGGAAUCACACUGAACACAAACUGGGUGGAACCUUCUGAGGCCACAGAUCUAGAUCAUAUUGAAGCUUCAGUAAGUACAAAGCAAAGAAGUUUAGCAUUCUCCACAGGUUGGUUUGCUGAACCAAUAUUCAACAGUGGAGACUAUCCAGAUGUCAUGAGAUGGAAUGUUGGCAACAGAAGUGAGUACUACAACGUCAACCCUGAUCGUUUGCCAAAAUUUACUAAGAAGGAAAAAGAACUGAACAAAGCAACCUCUGAUUUCUUUGGGUUAAAUCAUUACACUUCAAAUCUUAUUGUACCGUGUUCGUAUUAUCCUGUAGACGGGCCAACUUAUGAUAGCGACCAAGAAGCGUGUGGAGACGGUUGUGCAGAGUGGCCGGGUUCAGCAUCCAGUUGGCUCUACCAAGUCCCAUGGGGCAUCCGCAAGUUGCUGAUCUGGAUCAAGAGGACGUACGGCGAUCCUGUAGUCUACAUCACUGAAAACGGGAUCUCGGAGCAUGAUUAUGAUGGACUUGAAGAUGAUAUACGUGUGAACUAUUAUAAGGAUUAUAUUGAUGAAGUAUUGAAAGCAAUAAAUGAAGAUGAUGUAAAAGUUAAAGGCUACACUGCCUGGUCACUAAUGGACAACUUUGAGUGGGCUGAAGGUUAUUCGGAACGCUUCGGGUUGCAUUGGGUUAACUUCACUGAUCCGGAACGGCCGAGAAUUCCGAAGAAAUCGGCUUCUUAUUAUAAGUCAUUAGCUGAAAGUGGAACUUAUGUGAGACCUGCUAAUGAACCCUGGUCAUAUUUCUCAACAAAGACUGACGCAGAUCGCGAUGAUUUCUUGUUUGGAAGUUUUCCCGAUAAUUUUAAGUGGGGGGCUUCAUCCAAUGCGUACCAGGUUGAAGGAGCUUGGAAGAAAGACGGAAAAGGUCCGAGUAUAUGGGAUAGUUUCACCCAAGAUAAAGGUCGGAUACCUGUUUCUGUGAACAUGAAUUCAAGUCACGUGAUGGAAAGUAUCACAGAUGAUCUGUCAGGUUUAAGCACAGGGAACGUGGCUUGCGAUUCAUAUUAUAAAACUGAAUAUGAUGUCCAGUCACUUAGUGGGAUUGGUGUCAGUCAAUAUCGCUUUUCCUUAUCAUGGAGUCGUUUAUUUCCGGGUGGAAACGUAAAUGGAAACGAAGCAGCGAAUGUUGCUGCUGUAGCUUACUACAAUCACAUGUUGGAUGAACUUGAAGCUCGUGGUGUAAACCCUGUUGUGACUUUGUAUCAUUUUGAUUUUCCACAACCACUACAUGAUGCAGGAGGUUGGUUGAAUGCACAGUCGGUGGUUUGGUUUGAAAACUACGCAGAUUUCUGCUUCAAUACAUUUGGAGGUCGAGUCAAGGAUUGGAUUACGAUUUAUGAUCCUUACGCAGUGGCUUGGUUGGGGCAUGGGAGUGGCGAACAUGCUCCUGGCAUAAACACAAAUCCUGGUGUUGAUCCUUACAAGGUUGCGUCAAACUUGUUACUUGCUCAUGCUCACGCUUGGCAUAUAUACAAUGAUACAUACAGAGCUUUGCAAAAUGGAAAGAUCAGCAUUGCUUUAUCAUCUGACUGGUUUGAACCGGCUGAUACAAAUUCCACCAAUGAUGUGAACGCAGCAAUUCGUGCGAGUGAUUUUCGCCUUGGUUGGUUCGCCCACCCUAUAUAUCUAACAGGAGAUUACCCACAAACCAUGAAAGAUCAGGUUGCAAUGAAAAGCGAUGGAUUUUCAAGAUUACCCAUUAUUACUCCAACUGGUGCAAACUUAAUUCAAGGCACUUCGGAUUAUUUUUACCUGCUACCUGGAACCGCUAAACUAGUUUCAGAUGCUCCAAAUAUUAAUAAAUCACCAAGUUAUAUUGAUGAUCAGGAAGUUGCUUUUUCACGGGAUCCAACUUGGCCGAACCUUGGAGCAGAAAUUGACCAAUCACCUGUCUCGUGGUCAGUUCGACGACUUCUUUAUCUUGUUUACGGACAAUAUGUUUCUGCUUCAUCAUCACCCAUGGUUGCUGACUCAUCCAUUGUUGUUGGUGAUGUCACAUUCUACACCGAUGACAUCACACAGGAGAAGGAUGAUUAUGAGAGAAUGGAAACCCACAAGUCAUACAUCAACGAAAUAUUAAAAGCUCAACAACUGGACAAUGUAAGAGUGCAAGCUUACCAUGCUAUUCUAAUGGAUGGUUUUGAAUGGGAGCAUGGCUUCACAAGGAGGAGAGGAAUUCUUCAUGUAGAUUUUAACAGUGUUGACAGACCAAGAACACAGAAAACAUCGGCAAUAUACUUUAGUUCUUUGAUCAAAUCAAAUGGGUUUCCUGAACCCGCAACAAGUAACUGGGUGUAUGGAACAUUCCAGAAGGACUUUAUAUGGGGGCUUGCUUAUAAUACAAACAGUGAACAACUUCAAAGUUUACGUAUAGAGGAAAAUGUACAACAAUUGAGAAGCUAUGGGGGUUCAAUGUACAGAAUUCAAAUAUCCUGGCAAAAGGUAAUGACUCCAUCAGGCAUCAAUUAUUACUCCAGUCUCUUCAGUUCUUUAAACUCCAAUGGCAUAGGAAUUAUAGCUGAUCUCUAUUACCAUGAUCUGCCAGAGUCUUUAGUUGCUACAGGAGGAUGGUCAAGCGAUAAUAUCAUCGCUGAGUUUAUGUUGUACGUAACGCAAUGUUUUGACUCCCUGGCACAACAUGUUGAUUACUGGACUGUGAUUGCUUCACCAUUAGAAGAAGUAACAAAGGGAUAUAUGGAUACAAAAUGGCCGCCAGCUUAUGGGAAUACGUUGAUGGGUUUAAAGGCUGCACAUAACAUGAUCAAGGCUCAUGCAAAGGUUUAUCAUCUUUACCAAACUAACUACAGAUCAGCCUAUGGAGGAAAGGUUGGACUCUCGCUGUUAGCUGAUUGGUCAGAACCCAACAAUCCCAACAUACAGUCUGAUCAUGAUGCACGUGAUCGUCAUCUUGAGAAUACUAUUGGUUGGUUUGUUCAACCUUUUAUCACGGGAUCAUAUCCUCAAUCAUUACAUGAUCUCUAUGGAAGCAAUCUUCCGGUGUUUACUGAAUCAGAGAGAACAGAACUGCUCGAUGCUUAUGAUUUCAUUGCAUUGGAUUACCACACAACAUGGCUGGUGUCCAGUACCACAGUGAGAGAGGAAUCUAGGUUUAACCCAACGGGGAUUCGAAAAUCAUUGGAAUGGGUUCAAAACAGUAUGUCUUUCAGAGCUUCAUUUCUGGUGGCAAGCCCCAAAAAUGACCAAUUACAAAACGAUAAAACCACAAAGAAAAUCCUUAAUGAAGUAUUGAAAGCAUCUGUUCAAGACAAUGUUAACGUGAUUGGGUUUGUUUAUUCACCACAAUUAAGCAAUGACAACAGGGUGAAUUUUGACUCUCAAUAUCAAAACAUAAUUUCUGACAAUGGAUUCCCAACAACUCAUUCAAUCGGGAUACCUUCAGUUACAUCAUCAGCUACAGAAGUGUUUGUAGAUGUUCAACCAAGGUUUACAGCUUUGCCUGCUUCAGAAAUCCCAUCUACAGCUAGUGUUUCAGUGUGGGAGGAAUUUAGUUCCACUAUUGCAAGAGAGAGAGAUGUGUUUCAUUAUGGAACAUUCCCAACUGAUUUCAAAUGGAGUGUGUCAACUUCUGCAUACCAGAUUGAAGGUGGUUGGAAUGCAGAUGGUAAAGGCGAAAGUAUCUGGGACAGGUUUUCACACACGCCCAAUAAAAUAGCAAACAAUGAAACUGGAGAUGUUGCUUGUGAUAGUUAUCAUAAGGUUGCAGAGGAUGUGAGCUUGGUGAAAAUGUUGGGAGUCCAACAAUAUCGAUUCUCUAUUUCUUGGUCUCGUAUCUUCCCCAAUGGUAAUACAUCAAAUCUCAAUCAAGCUGGUGUUGAUUAUUACAAUGCUAUGAUAGAUUCUCUCAUAAGCGCUGGAGUGGAACCAGUGGUUACUCUUUAUCACUGGGAUCUGCCACAGGCACUUGAAGAUAAUGGUGGUUUGUUGAAUGAUGUGAUUGUGGAACUAUUCAAUGAUUACGCCAACUUUUGCUUCAAGACAUUCGGAAAUCGUGUUAAGUUUUGGAUCACAUUCAACGAACCUUAUGUCGUUACUUGGCUUGGGUAUGGAAUCGGUGUUUUUGCUCCUGGCGUUUACUCUCCUGCGGAUGCUCCCUAUAUAGCAGCACACAAUAUCAUCAGAGCACAUGCCAAGGCUUAUCGAACCUAUGAGAAGUUAUACAAGGGAACACAGGGAGGAAGGGUUGGCAUGACGAUGAGCACAGAGUGGGCAGAACCCAAAGAUCUGAACAAACCAAGUGAUGUAGAAGCAGCUGAUAGGUUCAUGCAGUCAAUCCUUGGUUGGUUUGCGCAUCCUCUUUUCAAAAAUGGAGAUUAUCCUGAAGUUGUGAAGAAACAGGUGAAUGAAAGAAGCCAACAACAAGGAACACCAUCUCGUCUACCUGUAUUCACUGAAACAGAAAAAUUGGAAAUUGCCGGAAGCGCCGAUUUCUUUGCAAUUAACGGGUACACUUCGCGACUGGUUACUUACCAAGAUAAAUCAACAUGGCCACCAAGUUAUGAGAAUGACCGUGACACGCAUGAGGAACCUAUACCUGGAGCUAUACAAGCCACACCUGACUGGCUACAAAUAGUUCCUUGGGGAAUGAGGCGACUGUUGAAUUGGAUAGAUAGGGAAUACGGCCACCCUGUAGUUUACAUCACUGAAAACGGUGUCGGGACCAGCGAAGCCACCGUUGAUGACCAAAUAAGAGUCAACUUUUACAAAGCUUACAUCAAUGAAGCUUUGAAAGCUCAACAGUUGGACGGAGUAGAUUUGCGAGGUUAUACAGCCUGGUCGCUGAUGGAUAAUUUUGAAUGGAAUUCGGGUUAUGGACCCAGGUUUGGUCUUUUCGAAGUAGAUUUUAAUGACGACAUGAGACCAAGAACACCAAAGAGAUCUUCAAUUGAAUACAACAAACUAAUUCACGACAAUGGCUUCCCUUCUUUGGAACGAGACACAAGAAUAGUUGGAGAUUUUCCUCCGGACUUCAUCUGGGCAGCAGCUACUUCGUCUUACCAGAUUGAAGGAGCCUGGGAUGAAGAUGGAAAAGGUUUAGGAAUCUGGGAUGUAACUUCCCAUACACCAGGACUCAUAUCUGAUGGAACAACGGGUGACCUUGCAUGCGAUAGUUAUCAUAAGUUUGAGGUGGAUAUCGACUUAUUGCGUCACAUGGGAGUUACACACUACAGAUUUAGUAUCUCAUGGCCAAGACUUCUUCCAAAUGGGAAAAUAGAUCUGAUCAACCAAGCUGGCUUAGGUUACUACCAUGGGUUGAUUGAUGGGUUAAUAGCUGCUGGAAUUGAGCCAGUGGUCACUAUUUAUCACUGGGAUUUACCACAGGCGUUGCAGAAAGAAUUUGGUGGAUGGGUAAGCUCACAGAUUGUGGACCUUUAUGUGGAUUACGCUGAACUUUGCUUCAAAGAAUUCGGUCCAAAAGUGAAAAGAUGGAUUACAAUCAACGAACCAUGGGUGUUUAAUGUGUUGGGUUAUGCUGAUGGGGUUCAUUCACCAAAUGUUAAGGAUCCAGGUCGAUCGGAGUAUCAGGGAGCUAAGAAUGUUCUAGUUGCACACGCAACAGCUUAUAGGUUGUAUGUACAAAACUACAAAACAGAACAAAAUGGAGUAGUUGGUAUAACAUGCAAUUCAGAUUGGUCUGAACCUCGUAAUAAGUACAGAGAAGUUGAUUAUGAAGCAACGGACCGCGUCAUGCAAUUCUUCCUGGGUUGGUACAUGCAUCCAAUUUUUGUCAAUGGAGAUUAUCCCGAUGUUAUGAAAGAGUAUGUAGCACAGAGAAGCGCCGCACAAGGAGAAGUUACUUCCAGACUUCCAUCUUUCACACAAAGUGAGAAGAAUCUGAUUCUUGGGUCGGCCGAUUUCUUUGGUUUGAAUCAUUACACGACAAACUUGGCGUUUGAAACUUUUAGUCCUGAUCGUAUUAAUGAUGUCAGCUACUAUGAGGAUAGAGAAGCAAGCACAGAACAAGACUUCACUUGGCCAGCAGCUGCUUCUUCUUGGUUGAAAGAGGUUCCAUGGGGGAUUAGAAGAUUGUUGUCUUGGAUUAAGAAGGAAUUCAACAAUCCACCUAUUUUGAUCACUGAGAAUGGAAUCUCUGAAGAGGGGACUUCCCAAGAGUUAAAUGACUGGUGGAGAAAGGAAUAUUUCCACGGUUACAUCAAUGAAGUUUUGAAAGCCAUUAAACUUGACGAUGUGAAUGUUAUCGGUUACACUGCGUGGUCAUUCAUGGAUAACUUUGAGUGGGCUGAGGGUUAUUCGGAGAGAUUUGGAAUGCACUGGGUUAACUUCACUGACCCGGAACGACCCCGGUUUAGGAAACAAUCGGUUGAUUGUUACAUGGAAAUAAUGGAACGCUCUUUCCCGGAAACGGGUUUGGAGUAUUGUGCACGCGAUUCUCCAGUGAAACCAACAACAACAACAACAGAACCUGCAACAACAACAACAAGUGUUGUUGAAGUUACAACUAAAGAACCAACAGAACCACCUGUAACCGAACCCCCGAUAACCACCGAGCCUGCACCAGAUACUGAACCACCAAAGCCAACCACUUUACCACCACCUGAAACUAAACCUCCCCCUGAAACCAUUGAUAAACCAGAUUUCCUGGGAUACAGUCUCUCAACACAGGAUUCUGAGACAGCAAUGUACAUCUUGUUCGGACUUACGCUGCUACUAUCAGUAACCUCGUUAUUGUUAUUAUUUGGUCUUUUCAACUCUAUGCGGCGGAAAAUGCCAACACCGAUGAACGAUUUUUCGAACGGGGCUUUAAAUUUAGAAGAACAACCAAAGGAGCAACCCAAGAAUGUAAAUAACGACGCUCACGUUACAACAUUCUAAAGAUCUCAAUACCAAACAACACAGAGAAACUUUAUCAUAAAACUAUAUGAAUACUUGUUUAAUUUUUCGUAUAAUAGGGUGGGGGAAGAUGGGACACGUUUUCAUUCUUUUUUCUCAUCCCAUUUUGUAGUAAACAAAGAACAAUCGAAGAAAUAUAAAACCGUAUUCUCACGACUCCCAUAGACCGUUGUUAAUUGUUUAAAACACGAUCAGGAUAUUUGAAUAUUACAUUUUAAAGGUGUCCCAUCUUACCCCACAGUACUAAAAAAUUUUUGGGGAGUGCCUGUAAUUUCCAUGCACUUCUAUAAUAUGAUUACGCUGUACAUUAUACUUAAUUUGAAACUUUUAAACUGUCAUGACCAAUUUCGGUUCUUUUUAUAAACAAUUUCGUAGUUGAUUAUUUUCUAAUUCAAGUUAACUUUAUAGCAAUGCCGAUUUUUGUAUAGCGUUUGCACUAUAAUAAAAUUGCGAAAAUUUGCUUUCAAAUGAUUCAUUGCAUUAAUUCGAUUCCAAAUGUCUGCCACGUAUACAUUACGCACU